GGAGAAGCUGCAUCAGAUUCAGAGGAGAUAUUUGGGAACAUGCAUGGUGCACGCUGACCUCAGGAACAUGUUGACUCUGCCGUUGGACCCUCGUGUGAUGUGUGAGCCGCGGUUCUGUUUACCUGAGAGUCUGGACAAGGAGCGCACACAGGACGAGGACAUGCGGGAGGCCGAGGACGACGUGUCCGACCGGGAGGACGAGGACCGGGAGGAGGACGAGGAGCAGGAGGACAGCAGCGGACUCCCCAAGAAGAGGGGCCCGCGGAGAAAGAGGCCCUGUAAGCCUGAGAACGACCGGUCCAAGCCUGAGAACGACCGGUCCAAAGUGCGGCGCAACGAGGCGAACGCUCGUGAGCGCAGCCGCAUGCACGGGCUGAACGACGCGCUGGAGAGCCUCCGCAGAGUCGUGCCGUGCUACUCCAAGACACAGAAGCUGUCCAAGAUCGAGACCCUCAGGCUGGCUAAGAACUACAUCUGGGCCCUUUCGGAGACCCUGAGCGCCGGGAAGAGGCCGGACCUGCUCGCCUUCGUGCAGACUUUGUGUAAAGGAUUAUCUCAGCCCACCACCAACCUGGUGGCCGGCUGUUUGCAGCUGAACUCCAGGAGCUUCCUCACAGACCACAACGGGGAGGUGGUGUUCCCGGGCCGGUCUCCCUACGACGGCCUGUACCCGUACCCCGGCUCAGACACGACCACGCCGCCGGGCCACAGCGGGCCGGACAGCAGCUCCAAAGGGUUCCGACACUACGGCGGGUACGAGCCGUACUACGAGGGACCCGUCCCCGAGCCCGGCAGUCCUCCGUACGACCAGGUCAGCCCACCGGUCAACUUUAACGGGAUCUUCUCCCUGAAGCACGACGAGCCUCCAGACUACAGUAAAGCCCACUACGGGCUGCACGGCCCGGUGUACCGGGGGCACGGGGCCGUGUACCGGGAGCACGGGGCCGUGUACCGGGGGGCCCCGGAGGCCCGGUUCCCCUACGACAUGCACGUCCGAGGACAGGCCUUCCAGACACAAGGGGACGUCCACGGCUCCUUCCACAGCUAGGCUGCUGGACAAGGGUCAGGGGUCAGGUGUUAGAAGCGAUGCAGAGGUCCCAGAGGUGCAGAGAGGAACGGGAUGGCCUCCAGGAGCAGAGAAUGCCCAUUUUAAGUCUUGUUUUGUUUUUGUUUUAAACAUGUGUAAAGUGAGCAAAUUAGAUAUCAUGAUUUCACUUGUCGAGGAGGAAGAAAAAAGAAAAAGACACAAGAACGCCAUUGUUUUGGGAACAACUGCAAUGAAUUCAAUCUGAACACUUUUAAGUAAACUAAGGUAUUUCUUGCUAAACAUGAAGUGUUUCGUUAAAGGUGAGUGUUUACAGUCACAGGGCAUUGUGUUUCUAUCGGUCAUGGCUUAUUUAAAAGUGUACAGUGAACAUUACAUUUCAUUUUCUGCUUAUUUAAUCAAUGAAAUUAUUUUCGUGGAGAACUAAAAUCAGCUGCAGACGUGAGUUAAUAUUCAGUCUGUUAAUAAGGGUCAGCUGAGCUAUGCAAGGCAGACAAAUGCUCAUAAACAGGAUAUAUGUCUAUUUACACUCACAAGGCGUUUCUCUAAUAUCAAAUUAAAAAUGAUCACAAAUUAUUAAUUAUUUUUUAAAGGCAGUUUGGAGACGUGCACGUGUUUAGGAGACCUGCUGAUGAUGAUGAUGAUGAUGAUGAUGAUGAUGAUGAUGUCAUCUGAACUGGUCCUAUAAAACCGGAAGUUGUGGGGGGGGAAAGAAUACUAAACGCAUAAUUUGUAUUUUGAGUAAAUAGUGUGGUA